AUGGUGAUCCUCUCCCGUGGAAAAUGCGGUCUUUCCAAGUGCAUCACUCGUUACCUGGUGGCGAUGGCAGCGGCAGACCUCAUGGUGGUCAUCGUCGUUGCAUUAUUGGAUCAGACAAAUAUGAUCCAUAAAUAUUCCCGUUUAUUGAUCAUCACUCCAAUUUGCGCUCUGACAAGUGUUUUGAGGGUUGCAACUACGGGCUGUUCCGUUUGGCUCACGGUGGCUUUCACCUUCGAUCGCUUCAUCGCAAUAUGCUGCCAACAGUUGCAGAUAAGGUAUUGCAGCGAAAGGACUGCGACGGUGGUUAUAGUAGUCGUGACAAUAUUGUGCUGUGCGAGAUGUAUCCCGGUUUACUUUGCAAUAGAGCCUUACAGCAUAAUUGAUCACGUGCCAUGGGGCUGCAUCUUCAUAGCAGGAUACUACACUUCUUCCAUGUGGAAAGCGUUCGAGUUAAUUGACAGUAUAUUGACACCGUUAUUACCAAUCGCGUUAAUUCUACUGUUUAAUGGGUUGACAGUUAGACACAUUAUUGCGGCAAAUAGAGUUCGCCAAAGUCUGCGGAACAACAGCGAGAAUCAGAAGGAUCCAGAAGUGGAAAACCGGAGAAAGUCAAUGGUUUUGUUGUUUGCUCUAUCAGCCAAUUUCAUAUUAUUGUGGAUGCCUUAUGUGGUAUCUUCUGUGAACUGGCAAACGCAAAAUUAUUUUUACACAGACAGAUAUAUGAGUAACCCAACAUAUAUCCUGCAGCAACUUGGGUUUAUGUUUAAAUUCCUCAGCACCUGCACCAACACAUGUAUCUAUAUACUGUCACAGAGGAAAUUCAGAGAGGACCUGAAGAAAGGUGUCAAAUUCGUGCUUACACUGAAUGGUCAUUGUUGUAAAUAG